CACUACUUUAAACAACCAUAGCCGACUGGGAGGGGUCCUUUUCCACAGUGGCGUGUAGGAUUUGCAGCCAAUAUGCCGACUGUCAGCGUAAAACGGGAUCUUUUAUUCCAAGCUUUGGGCAGAACAUAUACUGAUGACGAGUUUGAUGAGCUGUGUUUUGAGUUUGGGCUGGAGCUGGAUGAAAUUACCUCAGAGAAGGAGUUAAUCAGUCGUGAGCAAGGUGACACGAAGGCCUCAGGAGCAUCUGAGGUAAUACUGUACAAGAUCGAUGUGCCAGCUAACCGCUAUGAUCUGCUGUGUCUGGAAGGACUUGUGCGGGGACUGCAGGUCUUCAAGAACAAGGUGGAGGCCCCCCGCUACUGCCGUGUGAGCCCAACCAGUGGAGAGCGUCAGAGGCUGAUCAUCACUCAGGAGACAGCAGUGGUAAGGCCACAUGCUGUGGCAGCAGUGUUAAGGAACAUUACCUUCACACAGGAGCGCUAUGACAGCUUCAUCGAACUACAGGAGAAACUCCACCAGAACAUCUGCAGGAAGAGGUCACUGGUAGCCAUUGGAACUCAUGAUCUGGACACCAUCUCAGGCCCUUUUACAUACACAGCUAAACGUCCAGGGGACAUCCACUUCAAACCCCUCAACCAGGCCAAAGAGUACACUGCCAUUGAACUCAUGAGCCUCUACAAGACAGACAGCCACUUGAGGCACUACCUUCACAUAAUUGAAGACAAGCCAGUGUACCCCAUCAUCUACGAUAGCAAUGGAAUUGUCCUGUCUAUGCCUCCCGUUAUCAAUGGGGACCAUUCUAAAAUUUCGAUAAACACAAAGAAUGUCUUCAUUGAGUGCACGGCUACAGACCUUACCAAGGCAAAGAUUGUAUUGGACAUGAUGGUGACCAUGUUUAGCGAGUACUGUUCACAGCCUUUCACGGUAGAAGAGGCAGAGGUGGUAUAUCCAGAUGGCAGGACCUGCGUAUACCCAGAGCUGGCUUACAGAAAGGAGACACUGUCAGGUGACUUCAUCAACCGCAAAGUGGGCAUCAGUGAGCCCACUGAGCGUAUCGCUCAGCUGCUGACCAGGAUGUGCCUCCGCUCCCAGGCCACUGGUGUUGGUGAUGAGAUUGAGGUGGAGAUCCCACCCACACGUUCGGAUGUCAUACAUGCCUGUGACAUCAUGGAGGACGCAGCUAUGGCUUACGGUUUCAACAACAUCAUCCGCACUACGCCACGCACCUACACUAUAGCCAAUCAGUUCCCACUGAAUAAAGUCACCGAACUGUUAAGACAAGACCUGGCUGCAGCUGGAUUCACAGAGGCACUCAACUUUGCCUUGUGCUCUCAAGAGGACAUAGCAGACAAGCUGGGGAAAAAGAUCUCCGAAACCAUGGCAGUUCACAUCUCCAACCCCAAAACGGCUGAGUUUCAGGUGGCGAGAACCACUCUGCUGCCAGGCCUGCUUAAGACUGUAGCAGCCAACAGGAAGAUGCCGCUGCCCCUCAAACUGUUUGAGAUUUCCGACAUAAUACUGAAGGAUGAGACCAAAGAUGUAGGUGCCAGGAACAGCCGGCGCCUGUGUGCUCUCUAUUACAAUAAGAGCCCGGGCUUCGAGGUGAUCCACGGGCUGCUCGACCGCACCAUGCAGCUGCUGGAGGUGAAGCCGGCUCAGGGAAGCGGCUACCACAUCCAAGCUGCAGAUGAUUCCACCUUUUUUCCUGGUCGCUGUGCGGAGAUCUUUGUGCAUGGGAAGAGCAUAGGACGCUUUGGGGUCCUUCACCCAGAUGUCAUCAAUCGCUUCGAGCUGACCAUGCCCUGCUCUGCACUAGAGAUGGACAUCGAGCCUUUCCUUGGCCACACUGCUGAAACUUCCCUCACACAUGAUGUCCCCAUGCACAAGUUCCUCAUGCAAGACAGUUCACCACAGGCCCCAAUCCACUGCCCCACAACGACCAAAACCAUCUUUGGUGACAUGAGUUCACCUGCUGGCGUCAAAGCCCUUAAUGACUUCUUGGGCGACAAAAGCUACAUUGAGGGCUUUGCGGUGUCCCAGGCCGACUUUGCAGUAUUUGAGGCCAUCCCCUCCGCUCCUUCGCCAAUUCUCUGCCACGCCUUGCGCUGGUACAACCACAUAAAGUCCUUUCAGAGGGAAAAGGUCAGCCUCCCAUCAGCAAGUAGACAAUACGUGUUGGCUGGAGAAGUAGACCAGCCCACUGACGAUGAGGAUGAUGACAUUGAUCUGUUUGGUUCUGAUGAUGAGCAAGAGAGUGCUGAGGCAGCGAGGAUCAAGGAGCAGCGCCUGGCUGAGUACGCCGCCAAGAAGGCAAAGAAGCCUGCUCUCAUUGCCAAGUCGUCCAUCCUGCUUGAUGUCAAGCCGUGGGACGAUGAGACAGACAUGAUCAAUCUGGAGGAGUGUGUUCGCAGUAUCAGCAUGGACGGCCUGGUGUGGGGGCAGUCCAAGCUGGUCCCAGUGGGCUAUGGGAUCAGGAAGCUACAGAUCGGCUGUGUUGUGGAGGAUGAUAAAGUGGGCACGGAUCAACUGGAGGAAGCCAUCACUGCCUUUGAGGAGUAUGUUCAGUCAAUGGACGUGGCUGCAUUCAAUAAGAUCUGAACGUUUCACAUGCUGCAGUAAAAUCCUAAAAAAGUAAUUGUUUUGAGCGAGGCAAUCUAGUAUGCAACGUGUUAGAAUACACAGUGCAACCUUUUGAAAUAACCUUUUCUUGCUUAAAUAAAGGCCGGACUUGUA